UAUACCGGAGCGCGCGCAUUCAGUUCGCGGAGAGCGCUCGUGCAGUGCGCCUUGUGUUGUCCCGUGUCGCUCUAGAUGCUCGAUCACGUGGGAGACACUGCGCCGAGUUCCGCACGCGAUUCCGUGCACGCGAAGACGCGCCACCGUGGGGAAGGGAUUAAAUGUGCGCCGCGCGUUCGUAAUGGACAACCCUAGCGGCGGAAGAGACGGUCGGUACGCGAGUCUCGGCUACGGCAGCAUGGGGAUGAUCGGGAGCGAUGCUGGCACGGAAAUUUACGGCCGACCGUCCACCUCCCAGCUCGCCGCGGCGGCUGUGGCGGCGGCUUCUCAAAUAGGCCGCGGUGGCGCCACCAUGAUGGCCGCCGCGGGCGCCGCGACGCCAGGCGUCGGCGGCGGCGGUGGCGGUGGCGGUGGCGGCGGCGGUGGCCCUGUGCAACGGGGUAUCAAGCGCACCACGUCCGACGUUUGCUACGACGACAGUAACACGGCGCGACAGGCGCUCUCGCAGUCGCAGGGCAUGUCUGGCAUGCCCGGCGACUGUGUGCCCGAUAAUCUCGAUGAGUCUUUCACGAGCCUAGGCCAGCCGAAGAAGUCACCCCCCUCGAACGGUAAGAAGACCAAGGGCCGGGUUAAAAUUAAAAUGGAGUACAUCGACAAUAAGCUCAGGCGGUACACCACGUUCUCCAAGAGGAAGACCGGUAUCAUGAAGAAGGCGUACGAGCUGUCGACGUUGACCGGCACUCAGGUGAUGCUGCUGGUGGCUAGCGAGACCGGACACGUGUACACGUUCGCGACACGCAAGCUGCAGCCGAUGAUCACGAGCGAAGCCGGCAAAGCGUUGAUCCAGACAUGCCUCAACAGCCCGGACCCGCCACCCUCGGGCUCAUCUGGCGACCAGAGGAUGUCGGCGACCGGUUUCGAGGAGACCGAGCUGACGUACAACAUCGCCGACGACGAGCAGAAAGAGGAUGGCGCGUCACCCAGAUCCGACGUUUGCGCCAAUGAAAGCGACGGUGACACCAGCGACGGCGACUCUCCCGUCGUCUCUAAGGACCUCGCUAAGAGCAGCCACUCGGGAAAUGUGCCUUCGUUCUCUGCAGGGAUUAUGUACCAGAUGCCUCAGAGUGUCAUUUAUUCGCCCAGUCCAGGGGUCUUGCUCGGCAUAGGACAAAACGGGCAACCGGUGCAAAUAUCUCAGGACGGAGGUACAGUGGCAUCGGUGAACUCGUCGCAAUCGAGCCAGCCGUUCAUCACGAUACCAUUAAACGUCGCGAUGAGCGCGGCGGGAUUGUCCUUACCGGUGACCUCCAGGAUGACCUUAUCGUCGCCGACCGCGCGAUCGCCCACGACGGCGUUGUCCACCUGCGACUUGCCGUCCGAUCUGAGCAAGGAUCGGGAGUAACCGCGAGCGGCCGCUGCCUGCGAGGAGGAUGAUCUGACUCUGCGAGCUGGCUCCGCUCGCUCUCUCGUUACCAUGGCCGGAAGUCAUCGCGCUCGCGAGCGCGUGCGAGCGAAUCGUCAUGCGGAAGCAACGACCUGCGAAUAUCUAUCUCGACGCUUGCCGGACUCGCGAACCGGAUGACGUCCGGCAGGUCUAAUGUCGAGCAGGACGAGCAGCAUCGCUAUGAGCCUGUCCUGCUAUCGUGAGUGGGAUUCUUCGCCCUUUUUCGCGCUCUUCGGAGCAUGGACGUCUUUAUUACACUUCCGUAUGAGAAACUACAAUCGACAGAUGAUGAUAAUAAGGACCUGCGGAAACAAUAUUCACGCAUUUCUCUUUUCGCCAAUGCGAGGUUGCGAAUAUACAGGAGGAAGGAAGAUCUCGUCUCGUGCACGGGAAAAAAGAACUCGGUUCGUGUAACUGAACAGAGCGCGCAUGGGAUCUUCGUUAUUGUGACUGAAGAUGUUCAGUCUGAAUAGCUAGCUGCAUUGAGAUAACUGGGGGCAAGUCUCUGACAAAAAUCUACCUGUUCUCAUAGCCGAAUUCUCUCGUCCGGUCCCUAGGCGACGGGAAAUUUCGGGAAGUUACGCUAACGGAGUUUUGUUCCUUCCUCCGUGUAUGAGUGCGAACAAUUAUAAUAGCGAAGCAACAGCGACGCUUCUCUGCCAAUGCAGCAAAUCGGAUAGAUCGAGGGUCGAAUGAUGAAUGAGCUUUUCGCUAGUCAAGCGCAGAACGUGAUCGCAAAAUAAGAGAAACGGCGGUCGAUGCGUGCACGACUACUUUAACAACGGAAAAAGAUCUCGGUUCGUGUAAUCAAACGGUGUAACCAAACGAAAGUUCGGUGACGAGAAACGCUUCCUAUAGACUUCUAUACAUAGAUCGAGCGCUUUCACAAGAGGCUGCAAAGACUUAGUUAGAUAUAUUCCUAGAAUGUCCUGCCGGUACAAGUAUUCGAUCUUUGGGCAGCUGUGACUCCUCCUAUUGAGGCACUCUGUAUAACUUUCUUCAACAACAGGAGUCAAGCUAGGAAAAGGUCGUGGAUACGCUCGUGGAUAAUGGAAAGGCGGCACAGCUACCUUUCAAAUUUCAUCUUCAGACACUUCUUGAUAAGAAGUAUAUGUCUAUCUAUCUAAAUCUAUGCUGUUGCCGCCAUCGAAAACACCCGUUUGAAUAUUUGGCUGCACUCAAGAUUUGGGGGCGGUUGACUGCGUGUGCAUUAUUAUUGUAAAUGACUACCAGAUGUCUGAACUUCCUCCUAAUCCAAAGCCAAUUUCCAAUCAACUAGGAAUCUCUUACAGGAGUCUUUUUAUUUGGUUAAAUGAUAUAAUUUUUCAACGCUACAACCGAGUUUCCCUUUCUACUGAGAUAAAAAAUUAGUCAUUGUCGGCGCCGAUUGUGUCAUCUUGUUUUAACAAGAAAGUAGUAAUCGCAGUAUGCGUAUAAAAAUACCCUACAGUAGCAUUUAUAAAAAAAAAUGCACUUUUCCUGGCAAUAGUUCCUUCAAGGGUGCGAUUACAGAUGCAAAUACCAAAAAUUCCCGGUGCGGCCUCCAGGCGGCAAAAAUUCGGUCAGAGGAACCAGGCUUUCUUUUGUGCAUUAGAUCGUGCAACUUUCCAAGAACAAAGCCGUGAGAAAUGGAAAAAUCCACGCAAUCAAUUCCACGAAUCUAGCGUAACACGUGUAAAGCUUUCGAGCAACGGAAAUGUACAACUUUUCACCUUUCACUCCCUUUCUGCCUUCUGCUCCCAGGGAAAAGUUGCACGAUCACCGUUCAGAUCGAUCGGACAUUUCGCGAGCACGGGCGAUCGCCUGGCGAGCAAGCUCGUCGUUUUGUCUCGUAGAUGCGAUGUUAUGUUUAAUGCGCGUUGAGGUAGAAACACGCGCGUACUCGCCGGCGUUAGACGGCCGAAUCUGCUCCGCUGGCGAGCGUCCAAGUACGCGGCAAGUGGGCAGUGUGGUUUAGUCAAUACGUUAUUCGGGCAUUCGUCGAUCGUUUUGUAUCAAGGAAUAGAAACUUGAACUUUCCUCGAGCGCGAUAUAUAUGUCGGUGACAUCCCACCCCCGAGCUCAUACUAUCGUAACGCUAGCGAUCGCACUUAUAAAUACCCGACGCCCAGAACGGAAAAAUGCGGUUCCGCGCGCGCUAGAGACGAACUUCGGUAGCGCGUGUGUGUGCGCGCCGAGAACGUUCACUGCCAAUUAUGAGACUGACACCGCGUGUAUAAAAUGCAAUAUCCGUCGCGCUCAAACGGCCGCGUCGCGUUGCUUUUCGGCAUGCCGGGUGGCUCCACUCGCGUAGCCCCGCACGUAGCGCGAUUAUUGCAAACUCAUCAUCACACCGCGACAUAUUCGCCGUGCAAUGUCAACGAGCUGUCCGAGGGGAAAGAGGAGAAGAUGAAAAAACCGCAAACGGCAUUACGCAGGUGCGCGCGAUGCGGUCGCGCCGCGGUAAAAAGGAUCGCGUGCGUCACCUCCUUCGAGGCAGCGCGAACGACACUUGUGAAAAUGGAUGGCUAUCCUCCUCCGGAAAGUUUUUGUCCGAACGAUAUUAUCUCGUCGAAACGCACGUUGGCGAUAACGUCGUUAGGUGGGAAACGCAGGGAACUUUUUUUCCGGGCUGGCGAUAGUACGGAUUAAAAUUGUCGCUCGUACGUGAGUCUUGUCUACAAUUGUGGAGAUGCAUUGGGCUUCAAAACCGUUUGGGCAGUUCUUUUUUAACCCUCUGCACUCGGAGCCCUCUCGCGCGUUACCUACCAACAGCUCGGCGGCACCUUCGUAGGAAAAUGUGCAAACAAGAAUCGCGUCAUAUUAAAUAGUGCAGUUUUGAAAGCAAGUAAUUUAUUGUAAUGAUAUUUGUUUUAUAUGAAUCUUUAGACGUUAAGGAACAUAUUUAUGACAAAAAAAUCAAAUCAUUUCAUAUCUUAUAUUUUUGUAAUGUGUGGAAACGUCUGAAACAGUCAUCGAUAUGUAUUGCAGGUUCCUUGAUACAUGUACGAAAUGUACUUACACACUUAUCUUUCUUGUACACACUUAUCUCGCUCGCUUUCUUUACGUGUUGACAUUAGAGAAGUAUCGACACUGUGAAUGCACUUCAUACGUUCUCUUUUUAGAUGACACCGGCUGAUAUUUGUUUACACAUAUCUCAGUAUAUAUAUACCAUAUUUUUAUUUGAUUUUUCGUGACAUUUGAGUGAAACUUCAAGAAAACAUGCAUUUCUGAAAAAUUUGCGCUCGCAUAAGGUCAUCAUGUAUAAUCACUAAUAAAAUCUCUGUCCUUUCAGAAAGGACAUCCGAGUGCAAAGGGUUAAGUAUUAGGGCGACCUCGUCGAAUUAACAAUGAAAUUAAUAAUGAACCAAACCGGGUUAUGAGACCGGAAAUUCUAUUUCCUUCAACGGACGCGUUUUGAUUUCUUCUUCAUUAUCACGUUGAUUCGAGCAAACUUUCUUCUCCGUGUAUAUUCUGUAUUUUCGAAACUUAUAAAGACCACGUUGCACGCUGACAUUUUUGCAAGAUUUAGAAUUGAUUUGGAAAUGAUCUGCACCAUACGUUUGGCAAAGAUCCGGAUCACAUUCCCUGACAGCCAGAUAACAAGGACACUGCUUUGUAUCGCCUUGCACCUACAGUCAGGAAAUCUGUUCUGGCAUUCGCUGCUGCACUGAUAAAACUUCUCGCAGAAGUUUUGUGCUUGUAUACAUGGGUAUGAAUUAUCACACUGACGGCCGGGAUGAUCACAAGGUGCAAAAUUGUGCACGUGAUUAGCACCUAUUCAUUCAAAUGAAAUGUACGAAUUAGAGGCAAAUAAGAUGAGGGGAUAGUAUAAAAUUUAACAUACCCGAGUCCUUCUUAAGUUGUAUUUUCCGGCAAUGCAUAGACCACAACCGAUGCUUUUUGUCUUUUUUCACGGCGGUGUGAAGUCCUUGAGAUUUUCUGUAGCAAGAAUAUCUGAAGCUUCUUUCUGCGUAAAUUCAUAAACUUUCUUGCAUGUUUUUGUUAAUAAUCAUUUUUGUUAAUGAUCAUUUUUGUUAAUAAUCAUACUUCUUAAUCAAUCACUGAUGUGUAAAAAGAUAUCACUAAUGUGUAUCCCACUGAUGAUGACGAUGUACCGAUGUUGCGUACUUAAUAUAUGUAUAUAUUUUUAAUCAAUCAUUGAUGUUUAAUCAAAAAAAUCCUAAUCAAUCACUAAUGUACAUCCCACUGAUGACGAUGCACCGAUGUUGCGUACUUAACCCACUAUUUCUUCCCAAUGUUGCGUACUUAACCCACUAUUUCUUCCCAAUGUUGCGUAUACGCGACACGAAGUUUAACUUCACAAAAUGCAAUCAAAAUGAACUUAUUUCACAAUUAGUCUAACACUUCGUAAAAAAAAAUAAUUACUGAUGUCAGUAAUUAAUUAUAUAAACUUCGUGUUGCGUGUACGCAACAUUGGGAAUAAAUGGGUUAAUGUAUUUGUAUUUGAUUGUACACAUUUUAAUUGAGACAUGGCUUCUCAACUUGAUCGGAGAAGUCGUCGGUCUCGUUAUCCUUUGUGAAUGUCCGCUUCGUUAAUGAAAUAGACUAUAUGUGGAGUCCGGGUUUUCUGCCAACGACCAGUGCCAAUACGCGUGAGUUCUGUCAUACGCAGCAUUGCGGAGAAGACCGGUGCACGACGGAUUAUAGCGACAUUUUUAAUCAUCCCGAAGUUGUCCGCGUGCUUCGUCGCAAGCAGCAGAAUCGACAAAAGCGACAAAAAGCGCGCGCGCAAGCCGGGAAAAACGAUCUUUCGAAAUCGAAUUCGCGCCUGCGAAGGUGCACGUCGAUCCCGCGUAAAAUUUAGCUCUCACUCAACCAGUCAUAGACACACAAAUGUUAAUUUAUAUGAACAAUGGAAACAGGAGACGUCGAUAAAACGGUCACACAGAAGUAGCGGAAGCAAUUUGUGUUCUCUACUGAAUAUUUCACCUCGCUAUCGAUGAUACACACAUACACACAUACACACACACGUGGCAAGAAUAAUUUCACUGUAGGUAGACACUUUCUAUCGCGACACACAUUAAACGGAAAUAUUCACGAAGAAUAUCAUCGAGAUCUGCUCACGACUUCUUUCAGUUAGUGCGUAGUUUCGUGUUACCUUCAAAUGGUGGAAGAAGCAGAUCUCGGCCAGAAUAGUUAUAUUGUAACUGUUACUGGUUACGGUGAUAAUAUUCAAACUAGUACGACCGUGAUAUCCAAUUUGUGAAAAUAAAAAAUACGUAUGUUUUAUGAAGCAAAGAGGGGGAGAGAAAGAGGAAGGGAGAGACGGGAAAUGUCAUAAGUCCUAUGGAUCUGUAUAAAUUGCGGCGCGAAAAGGACUCGGAUUUGUAUUUACGUGAUCUUUGCUGUUACUACAUAAUUUCGUGAUAAAUCACACGUACACGAAACUAUGUUGUCAACGGUGAUUCACACCACGUCUCGCGAUCGUCGGUCGACGUAAACACACGGGACAAGGUCUGCCGCGACGUGAAUUAUGCCAAAAUGUGCAAUAUUUUAAAUACUUCAAGAUCAAGGCCCGAUCGUUGUUGUUUGGCGGUAAACGUUCGGCGUAAUCUGUAAUUCGCUGAUAAUCGCGCGAACCGAGAUGCAUGUGUAGUGUGGAUAAAGGUACGCGACGGUUGAAGUGAGGUAUCGCAAUAUUAAGUUACUCGUAUGUACGACUUGAGUUUCUUUUAAUGCGAAUUAAGAAUUUCUCUAAACAAGAUGACAUGUAGUUAUGUGAUUGAUACUAUGUUACUAUUGUAUGUAUAGGAUUUAUCAAUAAUUAUUUAAAUCAUUUGUAUGAUUGUGUUAAUUUAUCGCUGGCGAGUGUUGUGUGUAAACUCGCAACGCGCGUCUCUAUUCACGUAUGUGUACUUAACGCAAAAUAACGAAGAGCUCUCCUGUUACUUUAUCACCUACGCUACCAGCUUUACUAGUCUUACGCGUACGCUUAAGAUGUGUUUGAUUCCUUCGGUUUAUUAAUACGUAAACGUUAAUAAAAAUUUGUUAAAUAUUUCGUCAGGUCGUGAGCACUUGCAUUGAGACAUGUGAUUGGUAUCUUCAUAAUUUCGAUUGAUAGUGAGAGAGACACAAAUAGAUCGUAACGAAUUUGAGAGAAUGUGGAAAGACGUGGAGGAGCGUUUUGUUGUUGAAUGUUAAAUAUUUGACGAAUCCGUGGCGGAACGAGACAUUUCAAGUAGUUUAACCUUCGGAGUGCACGGGAUACUUUAGAGCUCUGAACUGAACAAUCGCUAAGAAACGAAACACUUUGGAUGAUCGUGCGGCGAUUGAUGAAGAAAGAAAGUAUCUCCUUGAAAAGUCAGAAGCGAUGAACUGAGACAAAUAAAAUAUUAUUUAUCACCGUCGCUACAAAAUAUGCAAAAAAGGACAAAUAUCAUCCGGUAAACACUCGAGAGGUUUGGACGAUGUUUAGAAUUUCAUCGAAAGGCGUGUAAUAUUAUCUGAAACAGUACAAACUUCUAAAAGAUGCCUUAAAGGUCCGGAAAAAACAAUUAAAUAUAGUUAUAUAUGAAUUUUGUUUCCAGAUGUAUUUAUACGUAAUUAUAUAAAUUAUGGAACGAAAUGCUGUUGUACAAAUGUAAUUAAAGUAACUUUAUGCCAGCCCGUGAUAUGGACAUUUAAUCGAAUAGAACCAUUUUUCUCUUCUCUUUGUUUAAUAGCGUUUUCUCUCUCUUUCUCUCUCUCUCUCUCUCUCUCUCUCUCUCAAUUUUAUACGAUUAUGUACAUGAUUAUAUAGAAACAAAAUUCACACAUAGAUCAUAUAUAAUUAUAUAUAAUUUAUGUGUCAUUUUAUAUAAUUAUAUAUAAUUCUUUUUGACCGGAAAUGUUCGAAAGAAGUCUUGUUUUUUUUUUUUU